GCGCCGGUUGACCCUGCUGCCUCUUGAUCAUGUUGAUCUAAAAAUACCUGCCCUACUCUUUGGAAUGUCUCAAAAUAGCUCCCAAUCUGAUACAGUCGUCGAGCACAGAUGAAAGAACAAUACAAUCUGGAUCUUGUGGGCCAACACUCCGAGCUAUUUUGAUGCUGGGUCGAAAACUUCAACUAAUUUUGGAGUUAGGCUUGGGUUUGUUGACAAGGAAGGAAGGUUUCGUACAUGUAGGCGUGCGUGGAUCGUCGAAGAUCAUCCGAUGGUUUGAUCAACGGUGUCCAAUCAGGACCGCUUCAAGAGUCUUGUCGACUGUCAAUCACCUUCCCCUGGCCCUACUCCACCGGCAUGGAAUUAAUAUGAAUAGCACGGGGGUGGUUCAUACAAGGUGCUGCUUCACCAUGGCAGAUUACAGCAAAGACGAUGCCAACAGGUUUCACGACGUCUUCAAGGGGCUCCUCCGAGACAUCACCGAAGACGACGCCGCCAAUCCCGAAAUCCAAGAUGCAGCACUCCGAUUUGAGAAGAUGAUGGAUUAUAACAUCCCCCAUGGCAAGCGCAACCGUGGGUUGACGACUGUGGCGUCCUUCAGAUACCUCGCCAGUGCAUCGCAGGCCACUGAUGCCAAUCUACACAAGGCUAUGGUGUUGGGAUGGUGCGUGGAGUGGCUCCAAGCUUACUUCCUCAUCGCUGAUGACAUCAUGGACCAAUCCAAAACGAGAAGAGGUCGGCCCUGCUGGUUCCGCAAAGCUGAUGUGGGAUUGGAUGCAAUCAACGAUUCCUUCUUCGUUGAAGCCGGUAUCUACAAGCUGCUGAAGAAGCAUAUAGGAAAUGAACCAUACUACGUUAGCGUGUUGGAACUUUUCCACGAGACAACCUACCAGACCGUGGUCGGGCAGUCCCUGGAUCUCAUCACAUCCCCGGAGGGAAACAAAGACCUGAACAGGUUUACCCAGCAAAGGUAUGAUGCAAUUGUUAAAUGGAAGACAGCUUUCUACUCGUUCUACUUGCCUGUAGCCUUAGCUAUGUACAUGGUGGGCAUAACGGACGCACAGUCUCACAGGGACGCCAAGACUAUCCUGCUACAGAUGGGCCAUUUCUUCCAAAUCCAGGACGACUUCCUUGAUUGCUAUGGCAACCCAGAGGUUAUAGGGAAGAUAGGAACGGAUAUCGAAGAGAACAAAUGCAGCUGGUUGGUGGUCCAGGCUCUCAAAGUGGCCACUGCUGAGCAGCGAGAGCUCCUGGAGGAAAAUUACGGAAUCGACAACACGGCCAAGGUUGCCAUGGUGAAGAAGCUGUACAAGGACCUGGACUUGGAGACGCUCUACCACAAUUACGAGGAAAGCAGCUUCGAGGAGCUGAUGGCGCUGAUCGACAAGCACAGCGGCAGCCUGCCCAAGGAGAUGUUCGUGGCCUACGCUCGCAAGAUAUUCAAGCGGGAGAAAUAACUCAUCACACUGGACGUCGAGAGGGGUGGAGCCACCAGCAAUAUGGGGGGAAUGGGUGUCGCUGGGGGGGGCAUGAGGGUGCUUGCGGGGGGGUUAAAGGAGACAGGAGAAAGAAGAAAGGGCAUGAAAAUUACCAGUUUAUUUGAAAAUCCUUGGAACUGAUCCCUUCUACCACUGGUAAUGGUUUGCCAGUUUGCUAAUGAUGAGUGCUUUCCCAACCCCCCUCCAAAACUUCCUGAUGACACCCAUGGUGUGGGGGGGGGCAUUAAUUCCAGAUACCAGAAGCUAUUUUGGGAAUAUGCAACUCAUUGUGUCAGCGCUAAAAGGUCCAUCCUGAAAAAAUGGCCUUAUUUCAGGUGCGUACCAAAAAAUACUGCUUGAAAAAUUAAAUCUGGCAAAAAGAUUGGGGGAAAUUUAAGUAGUUUGGGCCCCCCCCCAAAAAAGUUUCAUGAACAAAAUAGCCUGGAACAUAGCUUGUUUCAUUAAGACAUCUGCCGUGCUCGGAAUGAGGCCAGAGAGACUUUAUAAGACUCUCAGGAGGACCGUUGAGCCAUCAAAUUGUUCCCUACGUCAGGGCACUUAUUUCAAAGGAGAAAAUGCAUCCCCUGGAGUUUGCAUUAUAUUUCAGGGUGGGCCCAAACCAGAACUGAAAUUAGCUUGUGUGGUCUUAUGUUGCGUCAUUUGCUGCUAAGCACAAUAAAUAAUGGCUUAGCAGAGACCGGUUACCAACUGAAAUGAUAUGUGUUGUAUACCACCUGUGACUGCUAAUUCGUGGACUUUGGCUGAGGGCAUCAAUUUGUUUAGCAGUAGUCAUUGUGUGGAAAGUGCAUGGUGAUGAGGAAUUAUUUAUUGGUUUGGCUGGAGAGAUGCACAUGCACUGCCAGCACAAGGAGGGUAGACUAGGGGCCACUGGCCCCUCCAACUUCUUAGAUGGGGGCGGCGGGCCCCCACUCUUUUGCAGGUCCUAUAACAGGGAGGGGCUUGGCCUAUUGAUGGCUGAUACCUGAUGGUCUCACACAAAACGCCCCCCCUCCUGGAAAAUUGCUCAGCGUCAGUUGUGUACAUAAAUCUAACCCUGGGCUGAACAAAGAACUAUUCUAGAACAAAGCAUGGCAAGGCAAGAUGUGUCUAGCCCAGUUUGGUAAUCGAGUAUUGUUUGAGCAAUUAAGUUGUCCUGUCAAAUAUUGAAUUGGGCAGGUGUUCUAGAGAAUAAUGGACAUUUCGUAGUAAAUGCACAAACAAAUAAAGAUUAAUAAUCAACACCAAUAAAAAUAAAUUGAAGACCUCGGACACUCCCAGUUUGGUAGAAAUUUCUGUUUCAAGGAGAAAGGUAUUUGAAAAGUAUCAGCCAAGUACUUUUCAUGUACUUUUGUCAUAAAAUCUUUGUUUUUAUCAAACAGCCAGAGUGCUCAAAAUUUCGGUCAGUUCAAGUUUGCUGUAUCUCCUGAAGAUGGAUAGAGAAUACUACCCACAAUGUUGAGAACGCUGACACAGCGCCACUGCGAACUUUUUUAAUCACGUUUCUACGUCCACCAUGCAAACCUUCAAAAUAAGACUAAAGUAUUUUUUACCAGAAGUCGUCAUUAACUCUUCAACUUUUUUUUUUAAGUUGGUCCCAGUAUGUAUAAACUUCUACCCUGGUUGUCAAUUUGUAAUGAGGCUUUCAUAAUCAUGCAAAAAUAAACUAAUUUUUCAAAUCACCAAUUUGACUGGAUUUCAUCUUUAUCAAAUAAAUGGCUCAGUGACAAGCCCUAUGUGUUUUCUGCA